AUAGACCUUUCCAGGUCCUUUUUGAGGCUCGAGCCCCGUCCCCUCGUCACAAGAGAAGCGCCACCGAGCUUCUUCAGCCAAACAAAUAAACACCUCAAACCAUCACCAACUUUAUUAUAACAUCAACACCUCAGAAGAAGAGCAGCAGGAGGAGGUGGAGAGAAUGAUGGGAAGGAGAAGAGAUGCCGAGGCGGAGCUCAACCUGCCACCGGGUUUCCGAUUCCAUCCCACCGACGAGGAGCUCGUCGUCCAUUACCUCUGCCGAAAGGUCGCCAAGCAGUGCCUUCCCGUUCCCAUCAUCGCCGAGGUCGAUCUCUACAAGUACGACCCUUGGGACCUCCCAGAGAAGGCAUUGUUUGGACAGAAGGAGUGGUAUUUCUUCACGCCGCGCGACAGGAAAUACCCGAACGGGUCGAGGCCUAACAGGGCCGCCGAAAGGGGAUACUGGAAGGCAACAGGGGCCGAUAAGCCGGUCACGCCGCCGGGGAGCAACCGGCCUCUCGGGAUAAAGAAGUCUUUGGUGUUCUACAAUGGAAAGGCGUCGAAAGCAGUCAAGACUGAUUGGAUCAUGCAUGAGUACAGGCUCGCAGACACCAACCGAGUCGCCAACAAGAACAAUGGUGGCAGAUUGGAUGACUGGGUACUUUGUCGAUUGUACAACAAGAAGAACAACUGGGAGAAGAUGCAGCGGCAGAAGGAGAAGGAGGAGGGAUCCCUUGGAGAGAUGAUGGAUUCGAUGGAGGCAUCGGAAAGUUUCAGGACACCAGAAUCCGACAUUGAGACAGAGGUGUUCCCAGACUUUGACAGUCUGGGUCAGGUUGGAGCUCAGCUAUAUCAAGCUUUUGAUGGAGUUGAAGCUAUGAGAACCAGUAAUACUGGUAGCUUUCAGAUGGUAGAACGACAGAAAGAGGAUAGCGAUUGGUUUAGCGACUUGUAUCUAGAUGAUUUGCAGAGCUUUUCAGCAGCAUUUGGAGCCACACCUGCUAUCGAUACGUCGAACCAGGAGUACUACUUCUCCACCAUCGGUUCUCCAUUCUGAAGCUGAGCCGAACGAACAUGCCACCCUUCUAAUAUUAGAAGGUUUUCAUGGAAAUCAUUGUAUAUAUAGUAGGGCAGCUGAGCACUCUAGGGUGUAGGAGGAUGAGAACUGUAGCAAGUUGCUCACAUCAUAUUAUAGUGUAGGAUUCAUUUUUUUGUUUUAUUUUUUUUUCCCUCGCAUAUUUAAACAGUUGUCAUUUGUUUUGAAAAGGGAAAAGUUUCGAUUUAUAUAAAUAUAUAUACAUGAUAACAUGAUUUUAGUUGCGGAA